AUGGGCUCCCAGCUUUCUCUUAUUGCACAUACAGCGCCUUCAAUAGCUAUUUCGUCCUACAUUGAUAUUUUAGACGAAGUUCAUUAUCUGUCGCAGCUGAACUCAUCUCGAUUCCUAAAGACGUGCAAAGCGUUGGAUCCUAACGGAGAAGUUCUUAUCAAAGUGUUCAUCAAACCUUCUGAUGAUUAUAGCCUAGUGAAAUUGCAAACAAGGCUUGUUAGAGAAGCACAAAUGCUGGCUCAACUGCCGAACGCCUUAAAUUAUAGUAAAAUAGUUGAAUCUGACAGGGCAGGCUACUUGAUAAGACAACAUCUCAAGUCUAGUGUUUAUGACCGACUAAGCACUAGGCCGUUUCUUGAGAUCAUUGAGCUCAAAUUCAUUGUGUUCCAGCUUCUGCGAGCUUUAGACGAUAUACACUCGCGAGGCGUGUGCCACGGCGAUUUAAAACUGGAAAACCUUUUGCUGACCAGCUGGAACUGGUUGGUGGUAACUGAUUUCUCAGAAAAUUUAAAACCAACUUAUCUACCCGAAGAUAAUCCUGGCGAUUACUCUUUUUACUUUGACACGUCUCAACGACGAACUUGCUACUUAGCGCCUGAAAGGUUUGAUUCAUCGAAAUACCAAAUGCUGGGUGAUCAAAAUUUCAAGCUCACUCUCGAGAUGGAUGUGUUCAGUGCUGGCUGCUGUAUAGCAGAAAUCUUCUCGGAAGGUAACUGUAUCUUCAACCUGUCUCAGUUGUUCAGGUAUCAAAAUGGCGAAUACAAUCCACAAGACUUUUUGAAUAGCCAAGUCGAAGAUCCUGGUUUGAGAGAGAUGAUCCUGGGUAUGAUCUCUUUAGAUCCACAUAAAAGGAGCAGCAUUAGGAAUAUCCUGCAAGGAUACAGAGGUACUUUCUUUCCAGAGCAUUUCUACCACUUUUACUACGAUUAUUUCACGAAAUUGGCGACCAUAGAUGGAGGAAUACCGCCACUCGGCAACACUUUUGGUACACUUCAGUUAUCGAAUCUCUCUUACAACAUGGACAAAGUCGUGCAAAGAAUUUACAAAGACCUGCCGAAGAUCUGUUCCUCACUCGAUUAUCCGAUACAAAAAGAAGCGCACACCGGUGUUAAAGGAGGACAUAAGCAAUUGAAUCAACUCAGUUUGCCUGGUUUGGGCACUAUCAGACUUCAAGGCACCGACAGGACGACUUCGAGCGUUGUGGAUGAAUCCUCGCUGCUUCUACUGUCGCUUUUAUUGCACGCAAUAAGAGCAGUCAAGUCGAGCUCUGUUAAAAUAAUGUGCUUAGAGCUUUUUGUUGUGCUCUCGCAAUACGUAUCGGAUAGUAACAGGCUUGACAGAGUGAUCCCGUUUGUUGUUUCGAUGCUGUCUGAUGAACAUUCCACCGUUCAGGCGCUAGCAGUUCACGUUUUGUCCCAAAUUUUGGGCAUGACAAAGAAGGUGAACAGAAUCAACGAGCUCUUAUUUACGGAUUAUCUCUUGCCGCGUCUAAAAAAGCUCACUCAAGUGGCGAAACACAGCGAUUACGUGAGGAUGGCUUUGGCUGAAGAGUUGGGCGAGAUUGCAACUACAGCUAGCCGCUUCAAUGAUGCGGUGUAUUCGCACGAAGAGAGCUCUGGAAAGACAUUAGGGGACAUGGAAUUCGCUAAAAAACAGAAGCGGAAACUAAUACACGGAUUUGAAGAAGUUACUGUCACGCUUUUGACUGACAGCCAGGCGAGCGUCAAGAUUGCUUUACUCUCUAAUAUCCUUCCAUUGUGUAGUCUCUUUGGCAGGGAGAAAGCAAACGAUGUAGUGCUCAGUCAUUUGAUCACCUACCUGAAUGACAAGAAUGCGUCGCUAAGAAUCCAGCUCAUCAAGUCUAUCACGGGCAUUGCCGUUCUUUUGGGGCCGCUGACACUCGAACAAUACAUUCUUCCUCUACUCGUACAAACUGUUACUGACUCUGAGGAACUGGUAGUGGUAAUGAUUUUAAAAAGCUUGAAAACACUUUUUAAUAUUGGUCUAGUCCAGAAGAAGUACUCUUUUGAUGUGGCCAAGAUUGUCUCACCCCUCCUACUUCAUCCUAAUAACUGGAUAAGACAGUUCACUUUGAGUCAACUAGUUGAAAUAUCAAGCAAACUGUCAAGAGCUGAAGUUUAUUGCUUGUUGUAUCCCAUCAUAAAACCUUACUUUGAGUUCGACGUCCAACUGACGUGGGACUCGAUGUUAUCGAGCUGCAAGAGACCGCUGUCAAGAACUGUUUACAACCUUCUUUGCACUUGGUCUCUGCGAUCUUCUAACAGUCUAUUUUGGAAGCAGGUGCCAAGCAAGCACCGUGAUUUAUUUGGAAACAAUAGUGCUGUCUUCAUCAACAAAGACUACGUGACGAAAAACUAUGGAUUAGCUAGCGGCUACAAGAUUGCCAAGACUCCGAUCAAAUUAGCCGACAACAAGGAGAUCUUGGUCACUAAUGAAGAUAAAAGCUGGCUGGAGAAAAUCAUGACAGUGGGUUUGAAGGACAGCGACCUGUGGAAAAUUGCAGCAAUGAGAUCGUAUACCUUCAGCGUUGCUAAGAUGCUUGCAAGAAAGCCUGACGCCAAUGCGCCAGAUAAUGCAUUUGUUGGAAAUGGUAGCACUUCGAAGCGGGGCCUUAGCUCAUACACACCACCUAGGAACGUCAUAUUUGAUGUGAUGUUCAUAAACAACGGCGCCCAGCUUAAUGAAAGUCAGCACAGGAUAGUGAAACAUAGUGAAAGAAUUGCGCAACCCUUGACAACAGCUUUUCAUCGUCUCGCGUUGAACCGAUCAAUCGACUUGACCAAGUCAAUUCAAUUGACCAAGGCCGCGCCCACCCUGACCUCGAAUUUAGACAACGUGUACGUUCAGUUGGAGGGCUCGAAGCUGAACUCGCAGGGUCUACAAAAGUCGUCCUCCACAGAUUCGGAGGUUGCAUCAUCGAUGUUCGCUGUGAAGAACAGCUAUGAAGGCAAUGACGCUAACAUCAAAAGCUUCCUGAACAGCAUAGAUGUUGAACCCCCUUUCAAGUAUUUCCCUGAGUUUGGCCACCUCUCCGGUGCAAGAAGCACUGUUGUAGCAAAGACUUCUGGUAAGGCGUUUUCUCGUCUGAAGUUUUGUUUCCAGCUAACGGAAAACAGAUCGUCGAUUAUCACGGUGGUAGCAGCAAGCCCUCACGAUCCUUACAUCCUGACCGGAUCUGAUGACGGAACCAUCAAACUCUGGAACAUACCCAAGAUUCUCUCUGGGGAAAUUUUCGGAUCUUCUUUCUGCCACGACGCAGGUUCAACAAUUAUGGAUAUAAAGGCAUUUCCAGGAUUUGAUCUCUUUGCUGCUGCUUGUAAGGACGGCAAUGUGAUUAUAUUGAAGGUAAACGUGCAUGAGACGAAGUCCGCUAGAGUUUAUACUCGCCUGCAGGUCAUCCGAAAGUUCAAAAUGAAACGUCCUUCGGAGCACGUAACUCGAUUAGCUGUGGUGGCAAGUGAUGACAACCCUUUGUUGGUGGCACUUUCUAACCAUUCAGACGUCAUUCUGUUGGACCCACGGUUCAUGUCUGAGACAAGGCGCAUAAAGAACGAUCCCUUACACGGUGCUGUCCUAUCUUUUGCGAUGGGACACGAUAAGUCGUCGAUCAUUUUAGGCACUUCUCGAGGAGUCAUUGACAUCUGGGACGUACGAUUUGGCACGUUGGUUUCUAGCUGGACGUUUUCCGAUGGGUCGCCGAUCACACACUUGUCUCUAUACCCUCUGCUGGCAAGGCGUGAGGAGCAUAAUAUUGCAAUAGUUGGUGGGUCAAGCAAAUGCGACUUCACCAUUUGGAAUUAUGUGACACGGCAAUGCAGGCAGAUUGUGAUGAACAGCGGUGUGGUGCCCCCAAUAAGCGAAUAUUUGGCCGCUAGCGUCGAUGCCGACAGAUUGCGAAAGCCGAUGGAACAAAUUCUACCUGGUACUGUGAGUUCAAUCGUGCUCGAAGGAACAAACAUCUUAAUAUCAGAAGCUCGAACUAAUUGCAUCUUGUGUUUCGACCCCAGAGAAAAGACAAUGAUGCCUCUGACUUCUGCUACUGGCGCGGAGGACUCGAUUUACAACUCGAUGCAGCUGACGGCUAAUACCACAGUCAUGUUGAAACAAAAGCUUUCAAUUGAUUUGACAAAUCGAAAAGAAUCACUCCAUUUACACAACGAUACCAUAAGUUUUGUCACUGUAGUCCGGAACAAGACAGAACGGUUUUUGGUCUCGAGUGAUCGGUCGGGAAUCAUGAACAUAUACAACUGA